CGAAGAUUCCUCCCGUGAACAACCAUCAAAGACUUUACAAAAAAUGUAUUACACGAGAAAAAUAAUAUUCCUAUUAUCCCUACAUCUGAUUAUAGUCGGUUCACUAGUGCACUCCAUACCUGCCCCUACUGAUGGUGACGACAUUUCGCCAGUUCGUGAGCCACUUCUCUUCGAUAAACGAUGGGAUUGCAAUGCUUGUCCAGCAAAGACAGUUACCGACACUUGCACCAUAACGAAGACUGACACCUGCACCAUCACGAAAACAAAGACUGACACAUGCACCAUCACAAAAAAAGAGACCGACAUAUACACCACCACACAAAAAGAGACUGACACUUGCACCGUCACAAAAACCAAGACUGACACUUGCACCGUCACCACCACCGAAAUUCGCACAUACGAAAAUACUAAUACUGUGACAAACACAAAUACCAUAACGAAUACGAAGACCAACACAGUAAUCAACGAAAAAACAAAGACGGAAAUCAACGAAAAAACAAAGACGGAAAUCGACGAAAAAACAAAGACAGAAAUCAACGUAAAAACAAAGACCGAAGUCAACGAAAAAACAAAGACCGAAGUCAACGAAAAAACAAAGACCGAAGUCAACGAAAAAACCAAUACUGUGACAGCUGUUGAUACCGUGACGAAUACCAAUACUGUGACAGAUGUCAAAACAAAGAUUAGUAAAGAAAUCAAGACAUUGCCUCCUAUGACCGUUACAUUAACCGACACUGUUACGAAGUCAUUCACUGACACAGUAACCGACACCGUCACGAAAUCAUUGACUAACACGGUCACGAAAACCGUUACAGCCACUACUACUGUGUUACCAUGCAAUAAACCUGCUCGCGAUACACAGUGCGAUUCACCAAUGUUUGCGUUCGUUUCCCCCAAAUCAGGGCAAGUUCUGAAGGAGAAUGAAGAUUCCAAGGUUAUAUAUAACAUCACAAAGCUCACGGGAGACCAAACCGGCUUUUUAACGGAUCUUCAAUUCUAUUUGGUCAGCAGUGAUCUACAUUGUGUAAAUCAGACAAUCGCUCAGGACGCAGAUACCACGCCCACACGAGUUUGCAAUAAGUCAUUGCAGUAUACCAUACCAUUCUCUGUCAAUGUACCACCGGGCUAUUAUGCGAUACAGGCUAUGUAUAACUUCUGUAAUACCACAAGUGGAAAGGAC